AUGGAUCCUACUUUUCAAUUAUCCUUAGAUGCGUUAGACUCAAUUAUGCUUGAUGAAAUAAAUAAUGAUUCUUGUUAUGAUGAGUUAUUAACUUCUCUUAUUAUUUCUCGUUUAAAUCAAAAGAAACAAUUGGCUGUACUUCUAUAUAGAUUAGGUGGAAAAUCUACCAUAUGGGAAAUUUGUUCCAAGUUUGGAAUUGCAGAAGGGACUGUUUUGUUGUUUACAUCAAGAAUAAUUGUUGCUCUUAAAUCAUUAAAAUCCCAAACUAUUAUUUGGCCACGCGAUAAUUAUCGUCAAGAAGUACAUAGAGGAUUUGAAGAAAAACGCGGAUUUCCUAAUGUUAUUGGAGCUUUAGAUGGAUCUCACAUGAAUUUAUUUGAGGCCCCAACUGUCGUUGAUCAUUGUGGGUUAUUUACAUUCUAUGAUAUUGGUUAUCCUGCAUCGGCUCAUGAUGCAAAGAAUACUAAAAUGGCCACGGAUCUUAUUGAAAUUUCGUUAAUUAUGCAUAAUUUAGUAGAGCGAUUGAAUGAUGUAUGGGAAACUUCGGAGGAUACAGAUAUGCAUCAAAUUCAAUAUAGUAUUGACUUUAAUUCAGAAAUUUCUCAAGAGAUUAAAGAAUUAGGAAAAAUUAAAAGGCAAAAUCUAAUGGAUAUUGUCUUGUAA